CGUACUUGCGUGUUGGAGCGUGACUGUUGUGAAGGUUUCACUUUCAUUUAUAAUGAAAAAAACAGUUUAAAGCAGCGAGGCAGGGGAAGAAGAUCAAAAUCGAAAACAUGGCCACUGCAGAGCCCAUGGAGGUCGACAAACCUGACGACAUGAGCCAAGAUCAAGAUGAAGCACACAUUGUUCUCUCAAUAAAGUGGAUAAAGUCUGAUGAUGAGCUACAAAAAGGGAAGAGGCUAAAGACUCGUCUACAGAUAAUGCUUCAGACUUGGUUUAACAAAUGCAAACAUAAGGUGGAAUGCUCAGUGGAAAGGAUGUUAAAAGAUGGGCGUGUUGUGAUAAAGACUAAACCAGUUCCAGUCCUGACUGAGCUUCAGAAACUGAGUAAACAAACACUAACUGGGCGGGAUGGAAAUUCAGUCACCAUAACAUCCAUCAGUCUGACACUGCCAUCUCCAGAGCUCGAUACACAAGUACCAGAGGAUGCUUCAAUGAACCUUCCCCCAUCUGUGCCAGAUCCACAAAUUGAUCAAGUUCAACUGGGAAAGCAAAGUAACACAGGUUCAGCAGGUGGAGAACAGACAGGUGCUGCAGAGGAUGCUUCGACAAACCAUCCUCCAUUUGUGCCAGCUCCACAAACUGCGCACAUUCAACCAGGAAAGCAGAGUAACACAGGGUCUACAGCUGAAAAAGAUAGUGGCAUUUCCCCAGUGUCAGAGCCACAAACGGACCAAGUUCAGGUGGGGAAACAGAGUAGCACAGUUUCUGCAGGUGAAGAAAUGCACUCUUGUUCCGUCCCAGUGGGUCAUUUCUGGUAUGUGAACCACAUGUACGAAGAGGAAAUGAAACGUAUAGAGAAAAAGAAUGGAGUUAAAAUCAUGGCAGAUGUGAAAGUGAGAUUUGAAGAAGACCAAAAACAUGGGAGACCAGACCGUGCUCUCGAUGAGUUUGCAAACCUUGUCCAGAAAAGCUUAGUUGAAUCCAGUGGCUCAGUUAUUCCUCUCAAGUUCAUAGAGUCAGAUCAGUGGGGGGAUGCACUGAAAACCAUCCAGAAAAAAGAAAACAAGCUCUUGGUUACUCUGACCUCUGAAACAAUGACUGUACGUGGGCCAACACAUAGUCAAGAGGCCAUGAAAAAGUUAUUAAAUGCAGAUACAGAGCAGAAAAGAAACACAGAUGCUUCUCGGGAAGAGUAUGAAAGAGAGAUUCAAGACACAUCACUGAAGAUUGACAUGACCACCAAAGACCAUCUCAUGCAUACGGGACUAACGAUGGAGGAGAGCUACUGGAAGGUGAUGAUUACCUCUUACAGUGAGAAGGUAACAAGGAUCAAAGAUAAGUUUAAUGUGGACCUGAAAGAAUCAGACAUUGGUCAAGGUAAAGUCAAUGUCAAAGCUGUAUACAAGAAAGAUGAAGGAAAUGCCUCCAUGGAGAGCCACGCUGCCAGAGAGCUUUUUCAUUUAUAUCAGAAAACUGCCACAUCUCCCAUGAACUUCUCCCAGUCCAAUGCUGGAAUGUGGGGUUUGUCAUGGCUAUGGCAUCAGCACAAUCUGGAGCUGAACAUGCUUAAGACUGUAGAGAUGACAGUGGACUUCAGGAGACAUCCCUCAACACUGCUCCCCCUCACCAUAUCAGGCAGCCCGGUGUCUACUGUGGAGAUAUUCAAGUUCCUGGUCUGGUAUGGAGGAGCCACUAAACAGGACAGGCGCAGACUGCAGCGGACUGUACGGGCAGCAGAAAAGAUCAUCUGCGCCCCCCUGCCCUCCAUCCAGGACCUGUACCUCUCAAGAACAAGGAAACGGAUCGUGGAACCUGAAGUGCCCAUGGACAUCGACAAUCCUGACGACAUGAGCCAAGUGAAUAAUUCUGCUGUGAGUAAAAGCCAGCAACAUUCAACACCUAGCGAUACACCUACUGCAGAUGAAGAUGAAGCUCACAUUGUUCUCUCAGUGAAGUGGAUAAAGCCUGAUGAUGAACAACAAAAAGUGAAGAGGCUAGAGGUUCGUCUACAGAAAAUGCUUCAGUCUUGGAUCAACAAACAGAAACAUAUGAUGGAAUGCUCAGUGAAAAGGACCUUAGAUGAUGGGCGUGUUGUGAUAAGCAUUAAACCAGCCGCAGCCGUGACUGAGCUUCAGAAACUUAGUGAACAAACACUAAGUAGAAAGGAUGAAAAUUCAGUCAUCAUAACAUCCAUCAGUCUGCUAUCUCCAGAGCUUGAUAGACAGGUACUAGAGGAUGCUUCAGUGAACCUGCCAGAGCCACAAACUGAGCAAGUUCAACCGGAGAAGAAGAGUAAAGCAGGUUCUAAAGCUGGAGAAAAGAUGGGCGCUUCUUUCAUGCAAGAGCCACAACAUGAUCAAGUUCAGGUGGGGAAACAGAGUAGCACAGUUUCUGCAGGUGAAGAGAUGUGCACUUGUUCUGUCCCAGUGGCUCCUUUCUGGUAUGUGAACCACAUGUACAAAGAGGAAAUGAAACGUAUAGGGGAAAAGAAUGGAGUUAAAAUCAUGGCAGAUGUGAAGGUGAGAUUUGAAGUAGAUGGAAAACAUGGGAGACCAGACCGUGCUCUCGAUGAGUUUACAAACCUUGUCCAGAAAAGCUUAGCUGAAUCCAGUGGCUCAGUUAUUCCUCUCAAGUUCAUAGAUCCAGAUCAGUGGAGUAACGCACUGAAAACCAUCCAGGAAAAAGAAGACAAGCUUUUGGUUACUUUGACCUCUGAAACAAUGACUGUACGUGGGCCAACACAAAGUCAAGAUGUUUUCAGUAAGUUGUUAAAUGCAGAUACAGAGCAGAAAAGAAACACAGAUGCUUCUCAUGAGUAUCAAGAGACAUCACUGAAGAUUGACAUGACCACCAAAGACGAUUUCCCACAUGCAGGAUUGAUCAUCGAGAAGACUUUUUGGAAGUUGAUGGCUAUCCAAUAUAACAAGCAAGUAGCAAGGAUCAAAGCUAAGUUUAAUGUGAAAUUGAAAGAAUUUGACAUUGGUCAAGGCAAAGUCAAUGUCAAAGCUGUAUACCAGAAAGAUGAAGGAAAUGCCUCCAUGGAGAGCCACGCUCUAAGAGCACUUCUCUGUCUAUACCAGAAGUUUGUUGCGUCCCCCAUGAGUUCAUCCCAGUUGCAUGGUGCUACUGGAUUCAGUGGCACACCCAUUUCUCAGUCAGAGGGUUCCCCCAAUGAGCCUGUAUUGAAUGGCCAAUCAGCAAACAGGAAGCACAAAACUGACACAUCCACUGACAGGGGGACAACAGCAGGUGACCAAAAGGAAGAAAGGUGCCCUAUAUGUUUGGAUAAAUUCGAAAAUAAGACACAGCUCAAGUGUAAACAUGAAUUUUGUAAAGACUGCCUGAAACAAGCACAGGAAGCGAAUGGGCCCAUCUGUCCUAUAUGCAGAGUCGUCUUUGGUAAGAUAAUGGGAAACCAACCAGAUGGAAGAAUGUCGGACAAUACAUCGCCCUCUUUCCUCCCUGGAUUCUCAGACUGUGGCACCAUAGUGAUCAACUAUGACAUUCCAAGUGGAAUACAGACGGCAAAACAUCCCAAUCCUGGACGGCCCUACUCAGGUAUUUAUAGAAGAGCGUAUCUUCCAGACAACAAAGAGGGCAAUGAAGUGCUGCAACUGCUGAAAAAAGCUUUCGACCAGAAGCUCAUUUUUACUGUGGGGACAUCCAGAACAACUGGAAUGGAUGGUCAGGUGACCUGGAAUGACAUUCACCACAAAACAUCCACGUCAGGAGGACCAAAUUGCUUUGGGUAUCCUGACCCUGAGUACCUGAGCAGAGUCAAAGAGGAGUUAAAGGCCAAAGGCAUUGAGUGAAGUCUUUGAUACAAAGUGCAGGUGGAUUAGAAAUCAAAGAG